AUCAAAAACAUUUGUUGAGCAAAAAUUAUUCAAUUGCAAUCAUGGCUUCGUUUUGGAAUGGUCUGUAUUUUAUUGCCUUGUUACAUUUUACAGAAAUCUUUUCUAACGUAAUGUCCGAGAAUGACGAUGAUGCUAAAGAAAUAUAUUUAUGUAUUAUGAGACAAAUUUGUGAAUGUGAAGGUGGUGAAGAGAGUUAUAAGAGGUGUUUCUCAUUUAUGAAAGAAGAGACUGCUCAGUGGGUUUUCGAAGAAGCCAACAAGUGUAAUAUUGGCACAAUCGCUAGCUACGAGGACUUGGCUGGCAUCGGCUGUUCUAUUCCUCGUGAUGAUUUUUUCCCCUGUUUCAUGGAUGUGGAACGCAAGAUGAGGAAAAAAACAAAUGAGUUGAGCAAAAACCCACUGAAAUACGACGAACUGACUGCACUUUAUAUUGACAGAUACGAUCUGACCUUUUAUUAG